AUGCAGACUCUUACCUUUCUCGCAGCGCUGAUGGCGCUUUUUGUCCUCGUACGCUCCUCUGAGUUCACCACCACGCAAGCCCUCAUGGAGGAGCGCAACGCCACAGGGGAGUACUCCUGCGCCUGGCCGCGCGGAGGGAGACGGUGCUGCGGCACGCUCCGAAACCCAGGCGUGGCGCAUGGUUGGCGAAGUGACGAGACGGAUCACUGCUUUCCGGCCUCCGCCUCAGAUCACAUGGUCUGCUGCGUGGAUAUUCAGAAUGUGGACAAUGAGUACAACGUUGACGACCCCUCCGUGGCGCACCACAACCCGCUGAGUGGACCCAUCCGCCGGAACUCCGAUUCCAGCUCCUACUCCUGGUGCACUUGCUCCGAAACCAUUUGUGAGAAGCAGCUCAAGGGCCGUGUGGCCUGGGUGGGGCGACCAGGACGCACUCCAAAAUAA